AGAGAGACAGACAGACAGGCAGGCAGAGAGAGAGACAGACAGACAGGCAGGCAGAGAGACAGGCAGAGAGGCAGAGAGACAGGCAGAGAGAGAGACAGACAGACAGACAGGCAGUAUGGCCGUCUGCAUUAGAUGAAGUGACAGUAGCUUAGUGGUCACACGUGUGAUGACCGGCGGUGUGUCGCUGCCGUCGGGCCGACAGGACGCCGCUCCUCUCCGGCAGCUGGCGUGCAGGUGCUGCUGCUGUGUCACCGACAGGUAACGUCUCUGCGUAAAGCUUGUAGCUAAGCGCUCGUUGUAGGAAACAGUCCCCGCCUCUUCCUGUUGGCGCUGGUGUAACAGCGGCAGCAGGAAGAGCAGAACAAGUUCUCGCUUUAACGUGACGGACAGAAGAUCAGUAUUUAUUGUUAACGCCUUUGUCACUGAUAUCACACCUGACAGUUGUUCGACUUUGGCGAAGCGUCGCCGCACUUUAAGCGAAGGCGGUCGGCCGCGUUCAGUCCGCGUUCAGUCCGCGCGGUCGUCGGCUCGUGUUCGUUUACGUCAGCAGUCAGAAAGAGACGAUCUGAGAGAGACGAAGAAGGGGUUCGUUGGCCGCGGAGAUUAUUUUACAAACCAGAUCCAAGAUGGAAGCAGCCUUCAGAGCCCCUCCAUAGUUCAAGGCGCAGUGUCACACAGGUUCAUAUGUAGCUAAAGCUAACCCCGCUAGCUUAGAGACCAUCGGUGGCUGUUCAUCAGUAAAAUGUUUUGGCUGCCAGCGUUACACUGCGUCUGCAGAGGAGCGUGUUGGACUGUCGGGCGAAUACGUCGUUUUUUGGGAAAGUUUGAAUUUGAAUAAAAAGCGGCGUCCCGUUUAAAGACACACAGCAGCAACAUCGCUGAAUAAACGACGCACUCGAUGUGUUCAGGUCUGUUUGAAAGAUGUCGUCCGGACUCCUGGAGCCUCCUGCAGGAGGCGAACAGCUCUGCGUCUUCCUGCUGAGAGACGAAGGAGAGGAGGAGGAGGAGGAGGAGGAGGAGGAGCAGAGGAGGAGGGAGGUGGCCUGCCAGUGGGAGGUCCAGAGGAGCAGAGGAGGGAGGUGGGCUGUCAGAGCGAGUCAGCAGAGAGGAGAGACGCCGCCGUCCAGGUGGACCUGCUGACUCAGCAGCUCAGCUGGAGACACACAGGUUCGUCUGCGAUGCUGCUGCAGUGUUUUGCAGUCAGACCUGACGGGCCAGACGGUGGCGCUCUGCUGCAGCACUGCACCACCAACCGGACCAGAACCAGACCCAUCCAACCCGCCAUCAAAGCCUCCCCAAAAACCCCCAAACCCACCCAGUCCAGGUCCAGGUCCCAGAGGAAACCGCGUCCUCAGAGCUCCAAGACCGCCAAACAAAGUCCGGCUCAGCGCCACCAUGUGUCACCUGUUACUGACCACCAACAGGAGGAGGAGGAGGAGGAGGAGGAGGAGGAGGAGGUGGUGGAGGAGGACACCGGUGAUCCCACCUGGACUCCACCUGACGGAGACGUCGACUCCCACCCGUCUCCCUCGUCUCUCGAGGACGUCCGGCCGGACUCCGAGUCCCAGCAUGCACCUCUUCGUGUGGUGAAGCUGGAGCCCGACAGCACCAUGUGCGACGUUUGUGGUAAAGUGAUGAAGAACAAGUCGAGUCUGGCCCGACACUCCUUCAUCCACACGGGGAAGAAGCCGUUCGCCUGCCACCUGUGCGACCUGCGCUUCAACCGCCGCGACAACCUGCAGCACCACCUGAGCCGGCUGCACCCCAACGGCGUCGCCAAGCUGGAGAAGCAGCGCGAGGUGCAGGCCUGGCUGUGUGCGGUCUGCGGCAAAACCUUCAGCUGCAGGUCCCGGCUGAAAACGCACGAGGUCAUCCACUCGGGGGUUAAACCCUACCGCUGCGACCUCUGCCCCAAAGCCUACAUGCGGACCAACGACCUCGAGCACCACAAGAAGAUCGUCCACGCCGACGGCGCCGCGGAUCCUCAGCCGUCGAGCUCGCUGCUCUGCGACUUCUGCGGCAAAGAGUUUAAAUGCAGGUCGCAGCUGGCCGUCCACUUCCAGACUCACACCGGCGAGCGGCCGCACCUCUGCGACAUCUGCGGACGCAAGUUCGGCCGUCAGUACCAGCUGAAACGCCACAAGAUCCUGGUCCACACCAACCGAGCGAACGGCGACGAGAACCAGACGCCCGACGCGCCGUUCGCCUGCGGCGUCUGUGGGAAGCGGCUGAAGUCCGAAGCACUCCUCGCUGCUCACUCCCGCAUCCACUCGGGCGAGAAGCCUCACCGCUGCAACAUCUGUCUGCGCAGCUUCCAGCGCGCCACCUGCCUGAAACAGCACCACGUACGCGUUCACCUGAGGGUCAGAGUGAACGAGGCGCCGCACGCCGCCAGACGCAGGAAGACCACAGCGGCGGCGAAUAUGUUCCCUUGUCCGAUCUGCAGCAAAGUUUUCAAGUUCAAGUCCCUGCUGGCGAGUCACUCGCUGAUCCACAGCGAGGUCCGGCCGUACGGCUGCGACUUCUGCAGCCGCAGCUUCAGGCGCCUCAGCCACCUGAAGAGACACCGCGAGGUCGUCCACGCCAACGGAGCGCGGCUGCCGCAGAGCUUCAUCUGCCACAUCUGCGGCAAAGACAAGAAGUGCCGCUCGCAGCUCGCCAGACACGUCAUCAUCCACACCGGGGAGCGGCCGUUCGCCUGCGACCUCUGCGCCGCCCGCUUCAACCGCCGCGGGAACCUGCAGCAGCACAGGAAGCGCAUGCAUGGCGUGGGGACGGCGCCCGCAGAGGAAGCCCCGCCCAUCCUGUUUGAUGAUGACAUGAUGUCCGCUCUGACUUACAAACAAGAAGAGACGGUGGUGGCCGUCAACGCUGCAGCCGAGGGCCGUGAUGCUGCGGCGAGCGACGAGACGGACGCCGUUCAGCAGCUCGUCACUACCUGACCGUCUGAACUGAGCGCGCUCAGACCGCCCCGCCCUCCAGCGCCCUUUCUUUGAACUCUGAACCUUUAAGUUUGUCGUUUAGUAGCAAACUGAACCUGAAAAGCGUUCUGGCUGUUUGUCAGUCGGACAGACGGAGAACGUCGGGAGAGCGUCGGGAGAGCGUCGGGAGAACGUCGGGAGAACGUCGGGAGAACGUCGGGAGAACGUCGGGAGAACGUCGGGAGAACCUCCUGGCGGUUCUGCAAACGGACGCACGUUCUGAAUAAGUGAAAUGAAUUCUUGUGCGUUCAUCGUUACGAUAAAUUCUGUUCUGACACUUUAAUAAAAAUGUGAAUGAUGAUCUAAUCAUCAAUCGAUCAA